AUGACCUCUUCUAGUUUGGAAAAAGUUCCAGGAACGCUUCACGAGCACUUAGAAGAAGCCUCAAGUCAUUAUAACUACUUUGAAACUAACUUGACAGACAAUGAGGUUUCAAAAAGGGUGGACGAAAUUAUUACUACCAAUCCUGAUCUACUUGAAUAUUCCGAAAUUCUUCAUAAAGGAGCGAUUCUUGCUAAUGAUGAUGGGAAAAUUACCCCAGAUCGUAAUAUUUACACUGCAAAGGAAAUAAAAAAUAUCGAAUACGAGUCUGCGCAUUCUAUCAGGUCCCAAGGAUUUGCUAUGUUCCUUGUUGCUAUCGCAGGAAGCUUCUCUGCCAUAAAUUUUGGGAUGGAUGAAUCUGCAGUUGGUGGUGCUCAACUUCAGUACAUUAACAAAUUCAACAUCAUCAAUGCUAAUGUUCAAGGUACCGUCAAUGCCGCACCUUAUUUAGCUGCUGGUACUUUGGGGACAGUGUCAACAGUGCUUUUGGACCAAGUUUUAGGACGUAGAGCCAUUAUUUUCAUUUCAGCAUUGUUUGGUAUCGGUGGCUCGUUAUGGCAGGCGCUUGCUCAAUCUUUUGGGUCUUUGUUGGUUGCCAGAUUAUUUCUUGGCAUUGGCAUGGGGUUAAACUCCUCGGUGGUUCCGAUUUUUAUCGGUGAAACCAGUCCCGCUAAGUCUCGAGGAUCUUUCCUCAUGUUAUGGCAAACAUUUGUGGCCUUUGGUGUUAUGUUGGGAAGUGUUUUCAAUCGAGCUUUUGUCGGCCUUGAUCCUUCUAUCUCCUGGAGAUUGAUGAUUGGCUCUUCUUUUGUACCUCCAUUAUUUGUCGUUGUCCUGAUUUUGUUUGCCCCAGAGUCCCCAAGAUAUUUACUUACUAAGAGGCAAGCUAAGAAAGCCCUUGAAGCUCUUCUUAGUUUACGAGGAAAUGAAUUAUCUGCAGCCAGAGAUUUUAUCAUUUUGUACACUUCCUUAAACCACGCCAAUGAAAUCGAUCGUAUUCCAAUCUUCAAGCAGAUUAGGUUUUUUUUUGUUGAUAGGCGGAUCCGGUUUGCAUUUUUGGGGGCGAGUUUCUUGAUUGUGAUGCAGCAAUACUGUGGCGUCAACAUCUUGGUGGGGUACACCACCACCAUCUUAGUUGGUGCAGGGGUCAGUGACACCAACGCAAUUGCCGGUAGUAUUGGUAUUGGUGGAGGAUGCUUUUUGUCCACUUUCUUUUCGUCUCAAACUAUUGAUCGUGUUGGUAGACGUAGAAUGCUUCUUUACACUUUCCCGGUACUUGGUGGUUGCUUGUUUUGGUUAGGGGGCUCGUUGUACAUCAGUGAUUCAAAAUCUCGUUUGGGGUCUGCUCUUACCUCCAUGUACGUAUUUGUUUUUGGGUUUGGCUUGGGGAUCGGUCCAAUUAGUUGGAUCUACAACGCCGAAGUAUAUCCAUUGCAUGUCCGUGCCUUUGGAAGCACGGUGGGAAUGACAAUCAAUUGGAUUCUUGAUUUUGUGUUGAGUAUGUCAUGGCCUCAAAUGAAUAAAACCAUGACCAGUAGCGGGGGACUCUUCUUCUACGGCGCAAUGAAUUUCUUAGCAUUCGUCCUUACCUAUUUCUUCAUUCCAGAAACUGCAAAAUUGACUUUGGAAGAAGUUGACUUUGUUUUUAGCAGUGGUGUUAGAAAAUUUUCCCUGGAGAAAUUGGGAAGGUUGUUUGGUACUAAUUAG